AUGCCCUGUUUGCAUGAUCCUGUUGUUACAUUAUGUGGCCACCUCUAUUGUUGGCCUUGCAUCUACAAAUGGAUACAUUUUAAGACCAUUUCAUCAGAGAACAUCGAUAAUCAACAGCCAAAAUGCCCUGUUUGCAAAGCUGAAGUCUCACAAAAAACAUUGAUUCCACUCUAUGCUCGCGGUCAAGCUACAAAAACAUCUGAAAUUAAUGCCCCGAAUUUUGGUAUAGUCAUACCACAAAGACCUCCUAGUCCGAGAUGUAGGAGUCACGGGCUAAUAGAAACUACUGAUUCAAUUCCAUCACAGCAACUUCACCAUCGAAAUCAUUCACUACAGUCUCCAACAUAUCAACCUUAUAUGACCGAACCUAUGCUAAGCCCCGGUGGUAUGUCAACAGGGGAAAUUGUUUAUGCGCGGAUGUUUGGGAACUCAUCAACUACUAAUUUGUAUACAUAUCCAAGUUCAUAUAAUCUAGCAGGAAGGCAACUAUCACACGCGGAUCGAUCACUUAGCAAAGUCUGUUUUUUCCUAUGUUGUUGUUUAGUGACAUGUCUUCUGUUGUUCUAACCACUUGACUAUACUGAUAACAAGAAGUAAUGUAAAUACUUAAAGUAAGAACACAGAUGUUUACGUGGAAACCUCUUUGCACAAGGAAGGAAAAAACCACGACCUGUCAUAAGUUUUCUCAAAACAUCAAUUACUUCAAACAACUAGUGAAUACAGACUGCAAUACUCACAAGGAUUAAUCUUACACAC